AUGCCCACCUUCGCCAUCCUCGGCGCCACAGGCCUAACCGGCCAACAACUAGUCCACACCCUCCUCCAAAACCCCGAGAACAAACUCAAUUUAUAUGUGCGGUCUCGCUCCAAACUCACAAAACUAUUCCCCAACAUCACGGAAAAUAAACAAGUACGCAUAUUUCAGGGGAGCAUGAACGAUAUCAAACUCGUCAGCGCGUGUCUUGAUUCCACGAAAGUUGUAUUCUCGGUUCUAGCUUCGAAUGACAGUCGUCCGGGGAUGACGAUUGCGAGGGAUGCUGCUGCUACUAUUUUGAGUGCUUUGAGAAAUUUGAAGGACAGAGAUUCAAGUGCGAAGUUACCAAGGGUUGUGGUACUAAGUUCCGCGUCAAUGAACCCCUUGUUAUACGCCAACGAACCGUGGUUGGUUCACCUGGUCGUGUUCAACGCUUUCUGGCAUAUGUACUACGAUCUUGGGGAAGCGAUUAAGCUGUAUAUAAAAGAGAUUGAGGGUGGGAAUCUAGGGAUUGAUAUUAGGUUUGUGGAGCCGGGGGCGUUGAAGGAGGGAGAUGUGAGUGGGAGGGUGAGUUUGGCGAGGGAUAAAGUGACGGAUGUAGUUACGUAUGGGGAUUUGGCGCAGGCGAUGGUUCAGACGGGUGAGGAUGAGAAGUUGGAGUUGCGACGGGUUGGGGUUGUGGUGGAUGGGAAGAAAUUGGGAUUGCCGCCGGGGAUAGCUUUGACGGUGCUGGAUGGGCUGGCGUGGAGUUUUGCACCGUGGUUGAUGAGGAGUUUUCAGUAUUUAGGCGUGAUAUGA